CUUAGCGAAAAUUAACAAGAACGUAAUUUUUUACCAAAAUAUAAAUUUUAAUGAGUGAAAUUAUUUUAUAGAAUUCGUCUACACCAGUGAUUUACUAAUUAACAACAAAUAAAAUAGAAUCUACAUUCUUUAACAGAGGUUGUAACAAAUUGAAUAGUAAACAAUCGAAGUGAUUCAUAGCUAAAAAUUUAUCGUGUAAAAUCUCAAGCCCCCACCGAUUCCUCGUUUGGUUUCCAGAACAACAAUAAGCAUCUACAAUAUCCUAUACGCGUUAACAAUUUCCAAUAUCUGGUAAAAACAUGUCAAACCGCAAUUCCAGAGAUGUCGGACUUCAUAGAAAUUCAACCCAUCAUAUUUUGUAUAAAUGUAGGAUAUGCAAAAGACAUCAUCCGCUUCGGAAAUGCCAAUCAUUCCUUAGAAUGAAUGUGGAGAACAGGCUUAGAGCGGUUUUAUUGUUUGAUUACUGUCCAAAUUGUUUAGCUCAUGAGCAUUCUGGUAACACAUGCGCACGUGACACUGGCUGUCAUAUUUGCUCUAAACGUCAUCACACAUUAUUGCACUUUAAUGAAUCUCUUGGAAGCCAUCGUAAUCGCAACUCAACUAGUACAUUAUCUCGUGUACGAAGGCAUGAAAGGAUCCCAACCAACUAUAGUCAGUUAACAACAUCAAAGCCAUCCAUAUCGUCCAUUCUCUCACGACAUGUAGUACCACUGUUGCCCACCUUAACAGUGGUUGUAGUCUCAGGAAACAACAAGCAGUCAUCUAGAGCUCUCAUUGAUGCCUGCUCUCCAUACAGCCGCAUCGAAAGCCGUCUCGUAGACCAACUACGAUUGAAUACAUAUAAGCUGGAGAAUGACGUUUAUUGUCAGCUGACGCUAACUGCAAAAACGGAUCCGCAAGUUCGAUUAGCUGUAGAUGCUAGAAUCGUCUCAAAGUUACCCAUUAAAACCCCAACAACAUCUCUAAGUUAUGAAGUUAUCAAGAGAUUCACUCACCUCAUACUAGCGGAUAACCAGUUUUAUAUAUCCCAAGGAAUAUCUCUCGUGCUUGGAAAUGACCUAUACAGUAAAAUAAUCAAAACCGGUGUCAUUCCAGGAGAACACGGUUUACCUAUGGCUCAAGACACCAUAUUUGGAUGGGUAGUGUCAGGAUCAUGUGCUAAUUAAAUCAGAUGAGUUCACAACAUUCUACAUUAUAGAAAUACUAACCCAUACGAUUAUUGUAUAAUAAUUAGUAGUAUAUACAAUGUAUAUUAUACAUAUAUAUAUAUCAAUACUUUAAUAUUCUUAAACUCAAUGAAAUUUUUUAUAUUAACUAUACACUAACAGAUGAAUUUAUAUUAAACAAACAAAUUUUGAUUGCAGUCCUUGCAAGAGGGCCGGAAAUGUCUACGUGAAAACCCCUAAAUAAUGAACUUUAACUUUAAUAUUGAAAUAUAGAGGGCGUUUUCUUAUUAUCCGUUGUACUAAAAUGAAUUACA